AAUAGAGGGAAAGGGGGCGUCCUCUCCACUGACAGUCCGCCAUGCUCACCCUGCUGCACCACUGUGGCCGAAACUUGCUGACUUUGAGGACGGUUCAGACAGUAAAUAAAAGUUUCUACACGACACAGAUGGGUAAGCGCGUGGCCGUGGUGUUGGCGGGCUGUGGAGUUUAUGAUGGCAGUGAAAUCCACGAGGCCUCGGCUGUUUUGGUGCACCUGAGCAGAGGAGGAGCGACUGUAAACAUGUUUGCUCCCAACAUGGAUCAGAUGCACGUUAUAAAUCACCUGAAAGGAGAACCAGCUGAGGAGAAGAGAAACGUGUUGGUGGAGAGUGCGAGACUGGCUCGUGGAAACAUCCAAGAUCUGUCUAAACUCAGUGUCACAGACCAUGACGCCAUUAUUUUCCCAGGUGGUUUUGGUGCAGCAAAGAACCUCUGCACCUGGGCUGUUCAGGGAAAGGACUGCUCUGUAAAUGAUGAGGUUAAGGCCACCCUGCAGGCGUUCCACGGUGCAGGUAAACCUAUCGGCCUCUGCUGCAUCUCCCCUGUUCUGGCUGCCAAAGUGUUUCCUGGCUGUGAGGUCACUGUUGGCAUUGAGAAGGAUGACAAGUACCCUGACACUGCUGGCACAGCAGAGGCCAUCAACCAGCUGGGCUGCAAACAUGUCAGUAAGAGUGUCACAGAGAGCCAUGUGGAUGGGAAGAACAAGCUGGUCACCACCUCUGCUUUCAUGUGCAAUGCUCCCAUACAUGAGAUCUUUGAUGGAAUUGGAGCAAUGGUGAAGGAUGUGCUGAAACUGGCUUGAAUGAAGUAGGAAAUAACAUCUGGUGCUGUUAUUUUAGAACAUUUAAUAGCAGCUUCCUGCUAUGCUGAGAUAUUUAUAGAAUUAUGCAUUAAAAUACUGAUUGAAAGCACUUCCAGAUACUCUCUAAAUAUAUUUGUAGUAGUAAUGUGUGCUACUUCACUUCACAAAUUCUGUUUUAUUCAGCCUAAGUGGAUUGUAUUCUGCUGCAUUGGAUCAAGAUAAAAUAAUUAAGUUCAGAAAAUCAAGAGCAACUUGAACAAAAAUUGCAAUAAAAUGAAAAAACAUC